AUGACUACUCCAGCUAAAGCAACGGUCGCAAAGUCCAACUCGGCCGGCGAAAUCUCCCAGGCUGAUGCCAAGUUCUUCCUAGCAUGCCUUCAAAGCUUCGGGGACGACAAGCAGAUCGAUCUAACUAAAGUGGCCGACACGCUUGGCUACACCAACGUUGCGUCGGUUGGCAAUCGUUUCCGUGCUCUUCGAAAGCGUCACGUUAUGAACAACGUGGAUGCGAGAACUGGAUCGGGUGUUCUUAAGGGUGCUUACACAAUGACCGAAAUUCCAAAGCAGACUGAGGAUAAAGAGACCGAGGCUACCGAAGAAAUUGAGGCGAAGGAAGACUCUGAGCCUGAGUUGCCUACUCCCGUCAAGCCCAAGGCGAAGAAGGCUGCUCCUCGUAAGGGAGCGAAGACCACUUCGAAGCCUGUUCCUGCCGCUGUGUCAUCGGCCAAGGGCCGCAAGCGCGGUGCCAAAUCGGCUACUACUAAGGCUGUUUCUGAGGCACGUGUUAAGGAGGGAGAAGAUGCUGAAGGCUCCAUGGAAGACAACGGCAAUAACUCGAGCAGCGGCAUGGAUAUUGCUGCGGUGUGA